AUGUUAGUUGUUCAACCCUCCAGAUUGUUUACGGUAGCCGACUUGUCGACGGCGGGCUGUCCCUGCACUCCGAGGACCAUGGCGUCGACGCUUUAUCGGUCGGACAUCUCUGAUUCAGAUCCGUCGUUAAAUGCAGGAUGCAAGUACGGUGUCUAUACUCAGUCAUUCGAGCUCUGUCACAUCGUCUUUGCAAGCGGAUGCUCGAUCACUUGGCCUGUACACUUGGGUGGGCCUGCUUUCUGUGAUGAAACAAAUGCCUUUUAA